UAGGAUUCUGGGCUACGCUGAGAGCCAGGCUGUUGCUGAGCACCCAGGAUCGAGAGGAGGCAGAGGAGAGGGAAGCAGAGAGAAGCAGCCAAGAGUUGGAGCCAGACCAGGAGGAGCCCGAGCCUGAGCCAGAGUGGAGUCGAAGUUCCUUUUGCAGAGGCGGCAGCAAGUAAAGCAGUUGAAACGAUGCUGGCUGUCUUGGGACUGCUCACCUCCUUCCUUUUUUUCCUGUAUGUGACAGCUCCAUCCAUCAGGAAGUUCUUUGCUGGUGGGGUUUGUAGGACAAACAUGCAGCUUCCCGGGAAGGUGGUGGUGAUCACGGGUGCCAACACGGGCAUUGGCAAGGAAACAGCCAGAGAGCUCGCUCGCAGAGGAGCCCGAGUAUACAUUGCCUGCCGAGACGUACUGAAGGGGGAGUCUGCUGCCAGUGAAAUCCGAGCUGAUACAAAGAACUCCCAGGUGCUGGUGCGGAAACUGGACCUCUCUGAUACCAAAUCCAUCCGAGCCUUUGCUGAGGGCUUUCUGACAGAGGAAAAGCAGCUCCAUAUUCUGAUCAACAAUGCUGGAGUGAUGAUGUGUCCAUAUUCCAAGACAGUGGAUGGCUUUGAGACCCACCUGGGAGUCAACCACCUGGGCCACUUCCUUCUCACGCACUUGCUCUUGGAGCAGCUGAAGGCGUCUGCUCCCGCACGGGUGGUGAACCUGUCAUCCGUGAUCCACCAUGCUGGCAAGAUUCGCUUCCACGACCUCCAGGGUGAGAAGCACUACAACCGGGGUUUUGCUUAUUGCCACAGCAAGCUGGCCAACGUGCUCUUUACUCGGGAACUGGCCAAGAGGCUCCAAGGCACGGGGGUCACCACGUACGCAGUGCACCCAGGCAUCGUCCGGUCUGAGCUGGUCCGGCAUUCCUUCCUGCUGUGCCUGCUCUGGCGGCUCUUCUCCCCCUUCCUCAAAACAGCGCGGGAGGGGGCCCAGACCAGCCUGCACUGCGCCCUGGCCGAGGGCCUGGAGCCCCUGAGCGGCAAGUACUUCAGUGACUGCAAGAGGGCCUGGGUGUCGCCAAGGGCCCGGAAUAACAAAACGGCCGAGCGCUUGUGGAACGUCAGCUGCGAGCUCCUGGGAAUCCAGUGGGAGUAGAGCUGCUGGAAGAGGCGCGGCUGUAUCAGGCCUGGUCCAGGCCAUAACGCAGACCGGGGAGAUGGCCCACCCUGAAGGACUGACCUGGCUGGCUGCUGUCGCGAACACUGCCCUGCUUCGAUUCUCCUGAUCCUUGGAAAACCUCCCCACACCUAACCCUCUCACCAGGCUGAUUCUCGGCAUAAGAGGUUCAUACCUGGAGAGCAUCUUCCUUGAACACUUGCAGAGUCGGCCACCUUCUCGGGGCAGGAGGACUGGGCAGAUGCCAGGCUGGGCACAGGGAUGGCAGAGGAACCUGGGAAAUUGAGUCAAUUUCCUCACCAAUACCAGAAACCCCAGCCAGCACCCUCGGGAGGUGUCAAUGUUACAUAUUUUCAGGGACAUAGACUCAAACACCUGACCCAUCUCUUUCCUCUUUGAAAUAUCAGUCUGCAGUCUGGACUAUGUGGACUUAAAAAAUGCACAACCUGA